AUGACUGCUGAUUCUGAUAAUGACUGUCCGCCACUUCUUCUGGAAGAUGAAGAACAAGAAAGCGCAUCAAUAUCCAUAGAAGAAAUUAAAUUUUCACUUUGGAAUACAUUCAAACAUCAUAUUCCACGUCUUAUUAUUACCGUUCUUGUCGAUCUUAUUAUUCCUCUUGUUGUUUAUCUAAUUUUACAAAAACGAAUCAGACCUGUAUAUGCACUCUCAGCGGCUGGUGUUCCGCCAUUUAUUAUGGUUCUUGUCAAAGGUAUCAUGUCCCGAACAUUUGAUGCUCUUGGUUUUAUUGUUUUUAUUUCUUUUGUUGCGUCAGCUAUUGCAGCUAUUAUAACACGUAAUCCUAUUAUUCUACUAUUAGAAAAAUCUCUUGUUACUGGUAUGAUAUCUAUUAUUUUUGGUAUAACAUUGAUACCAUUUCGUUGUUGUCAUCGUCAAUGUAAAAUACGACCACUUGCUUAUUAUUUUUAUCAAGAUUUAGUACCAACAAAACGAAAAGAUAUUGGAUUACCUGAUCGUUUAUUUGAGGAUGUGCAAGAACCAAUCGAUGAUCAACUUUCUGAGAUGCAGGAAGAAGAAUUAUUAGCAAAAUUAACUCAUAAACAAGAAGUUUCUCAAGUCUAUGAAUGGAUCUAUGCCCAUUGUUCAUCAUUUCGUUAUUCGUGUUAUAUAAUAACAAGUAUUUGGUCAAUUGGACUUCUAUUAGAAUUUCUUGCUCGAUUAUUUCUUAUUUUAAUUCAUUUAUCAGUUGAUAAAAUAUUUAUUUAUGGUCAUGUUAUAUUGAGUUUAAUGACAAGUUUAUUAAUUCUAUUAACAAUUAUUUGCAUAACAAGAGAAAGAAAAUAUACAUUAAAAUCAAUUGAAAAAUGGAAAAAAGAAUAUUUCAAUCUUCAACAACAAUCUGAGUUAGUGUCAUCACCAUUGAUAAAUAAUUUUAAUUCAAAUAUUGUUAUCUAA